AUGUUCACCACCACGACCCCCUUCCCCGGCGCGGGCGGUGGCGGCGGCGGCGGUGGCAGCGGAGGCAGCGGAGGCAGCGGCGCUGGAGGAGCAUACGAGCAGCCGAGUGCGGGCAUGCACCCUUAUCCCGUAUACCAUCUCGGUGGCGUCGGAGUGGAGCAGAUGAACGCCGCGCUGUUGUAUCCCUACACACUCUAUCCGCCGUUGGGAAGGAUGGGGCUGGGGGGGAUAGGGAUCGGAGGUAUGGGUGGUGUAGGAGGUAUGGGACUGCACCACCAACUAGAUGUUUCGCGAAAGCGAGGCCGGGAGCUGGACCACGGAGCUGGGGAGUACCGGAUGAUGGAAUACGACGAAUCAGGGGGCUUGGCCUCUAAGCGCAGGGCGGCAGGGCAGGACGUGAUAUUUAGGAUGAUCGUGCCAUCGAAGCAGAUCGGGAGGGUUAUCGGGAAGGAAGGUUGUCGGAUCCGGCAGAUAAGGGAGGAGACGGGCGCCACCAUCAAGAUUGCUGAUCCCAUUGUUGUGAGUGCAUUUCGUUAUUUCCAAGGAAGUGAAAAUUAUCAUCGUGUUCUUCUUCCAGAGUUUAUGAUUAUGACUCCUUAUUGCUGAACGUGAUUUUAUUAGACUAUGAUGUGUCGGGUUUGUUAGAGCUUUGGUCAAAUAAUUUUCUCUAAGUUUGGGUUGAGUUUGAUUUAAAAUUUUGCUUCUCAAGCUUGGUGCCUACAGUUGGAUGGGGGAAAAGUUUGGUUGAUGUUUAUAUUAAACUAUAUAGAUCUAUUCUCUUUCUAUAUUUACUAGAGUGGUUUUAUCAGUUUUGGGUUCUAGGGUGAAAGAACGUAGAUAUAUAUCUAUGUCAUUUCAGAAGCAUGCUUCGCUGGAUCAUAAGAUUAGGACAUUUUCAAGACUCUUUAAUGUAGGCAAAGCGGCCCUUUUUCUCUCUGCAUCUUGUGAUUUAGUUCGCUACAACACUUGCCUGAGGGAGUUCAGACUUUUGUCUGAAGAUUAGAAAUCAGAUGGGCUGAAUGAUUACAUCGCAAGGGAGUGUUUGUUGAUUCUGUUUCCCAGGAUUUCCUGUGCAGUACCCAUAGAACCUCUCUCUAUCUCUCUCUCCCUCGUUCUACUGUCUUUUCUGAAAUCCCACUAAAGUUUAUGAGGGUAACGCCGAGAUUCUUGGUGCAGGAGUUUUUCAAUGCUGGGUUAGAAAUCCAUAUAAGACAUCACAUCAUUUCCCGUGGGUAAAAGUUCCUCAAGAACCAUAUUCCAUUCACCUGGUCUCAGGGGGGGGUACAAUGGUUCAUCAUGUGCAGAAUAUUAGUCAAAUGUUCAUUGUAAUGUUAUUUUCUAACUUAAUUUUCCAGGUUAUAUAACUGAGGUUACUGUUAGUUCUGUUCUUCGAGAAGAAAAGGGGAAAAACAUAAUUUCAACUUCCCUAUUUUUUUCAGCCACAUGAGGAGCGUGUAAUCAUAAUCAGCUCUGCUGUUGAUGAAGGCAAAAUAUCAAAUGCAGAGGCUGCUCUAAAUUACAUAGCCAAGGCUAUUCUUAAGGUGUGUGCUUCUUUUAAUGAUGCAUCUAUUUUGUGUUAACUAAGCUUUUUUGGUAAAUUUCAUAAUUAAUCUUAGCCUUUGGGAUAAUUUGUAAAAGUUUCUGCCACACAAUUUCGGGACCUUUUUUCCCUCUUUUGACCUGAGCCAAACUUAUCCCUCUCAUCAAUUGACCCACUGCUCUCGAUUGUAUCUCCUAAAGAAAUUGAAGACCUCGAUUUUAAAUGCACAAUUGUCAAAUGUAGAUUUUAUUUACUUUUCUUGUAGUAUAGUGUCUGUUGAAUAAGACUUUUGUUGAAUAGGAUCCCUUAACUUUUGUCUUUAGUUUGCCAUAUCAUAUCCCCGAUCCAUGUCAUAUAGAUUGGAAUGAGAUGAUAGCCAGUAAAAUUAAUAGAAUUCAUUCAGUCUACUUGGUUGAAAGAUAAAUUUUUGAAUUCUUCAAGCUGGAAGACGAAUUUUUUCCACUCAUGGGAGGGAGCUGCCUUCUCGUAAAGUUUUAUCUCACAAACAAUAAAACGACCCAAAAAAUACCCAUAAAGCUUUCUUUAAAAAAAAGAAAAUGAAGGGAAGGGGAAGGAACGGGUUAGGGUAGUGGCCCAGUAACAAAAUGGGAUUGUCCCAUGAGCUACCGGUCCAAUUGCCACAGUGCUGUAUGUGGAAGAAGACGGGCUUCGCUUACUGAAUUAGCAUCCAAUGACAACCAUUUGUUGGUUGGGGUCCCAUUCAUUGGGUUGCUCUGAUGUCAUGAAAAUCUUGUCCACUGCUGAAGGGGCAAGAUACUCACCAGAAGUCGCCUACCUUUCAGAGUAAAUCCUCCCAUGAAUGCUCUUGUCUCAUCUGUGUUGAAAUGAAAAGAAGAGAAGAAUAAAAAAAGGGCCCUCGCUCGUUACAAACAACAGCUGAUGGGGAGGAUUGCCUUGACCCUAUGAUGCGCAGGCAAAUCAGUGCUUCAAAGUGGAUGAAGGAAUCCACAUGAAUCCAAGCAAGACGUAGGGCUGUUGGGGCAGGGACCACAUGAAUCCAAACAAGAGGGUCUAAUUGACGCCCUCUGCAUGCUGCUGGGGAACGCAAGAUUCUUCCCUCGAACCGCAAAUCAGCAAAUAAACAGCAGCAGUUGUGGAGGAAGAACAAGGAAACGAGUGAGGUGAAAGGUACUCUACUAAAGCAAGACUAAGCACCAAUGCCACAAUAGGAGGAGCUGAAAGACAGAGCCACAUGGAGGUCCUCAUUUGUCUGGAAGAAGGAUCACUGUUGGAGGUGGAGAAAACAGUAGCCGAUGGCAGUUUUGCGACAUCAUUCCCGUACCAUUAUAGGUGUCGUAAUAAGGUCAACAAAGUGAUUUUGGAAAAUAAUCUGGUGUUUUAAACCCUUUGGCAUUGAAGUGGAGCAUGGAUCACGGCAAAUGAACCCAAUCCCAUUGGAAUGAUGUGCACUUGUGGCCACUGACUAUGGCUAGAAAAUUAUAAAAUGGGAACCUCCACCACCCAUUGACAAGCAUAGACAAGUGUUGGAGACAGAAUGAGGAGACUUGUCGAAGAGAGCAGGUGAGCAUCAGGCCCAUUUCUGAAACCCUAUACCUGGCUCAUCACUAGAACACGUGGUUCACCAACACCCAAAAGGCUUAGUUCAAGCCAUUUCGACCAGCCUCCAAAAAAUAAAUUAAUGAAGCCUUUUGUGGACCUCGCGUGUCCAUUACUCAAACACAUUUUUUGUGAGCUUGUGGGUCUUGUGUGAGCCUCACCUUUAGAAAUCCAGUCUAGUAGUAAAGGGGUUUUGUGGCCUUUUUUGUACAUAGCGUUUCAUGCCUUAUUUGACCACUUAUUCUGUUCUUAUAUCUUAUUUUUAAUGACCUUGGGCAUCUUAUGUGAAACCUAUGUUAGUAUUUAAAUACGUUAUCAUCAAAUAAACUUGUUAUUAUUGUAUCAUCAUGAGGAGCCAAAUUCAAAAAAACCCAGGAAGAAAAAGAUUCAUUUGAUGGCCCUGCAACGAUAUGAGAACAAGUAUCAUCCCUAUUAAGAAUACAGAAGAUAACAAGUUCAUCUUCAGACUAAAAUGUGCCAAAAAAAAAGAAGAUAAACUACACCCCUUUCUCCAUCCAACUUUGGUUCCUCCAUCAAAAAAAGCCAGGUCCUACGUUAAACAUCAGUUCCUUUAAAUUUCCUUGAUCAUAGGGCCAAGAACAUUCUUUGAAGCAGGUUGCAAUGUAGCUGAAGGAUCCGUGUUGCCUUCCUCAUUCCCUAAUCGCAAUGGCACUUCCAGCAAGCAAAUAUAUUCUUGACCUAUGAAAAGUAAGGGGAGCGUUCCUGUACAGGAUUGUCUCCCUGUCCCCAGUGUUCAUUUUGUUUUUCAUUUAAACUCUUUCCCAUGAAUGUGCAGUACUCUAGCUAGAUCCAAACACAACUUAUACAUCUUCCCAACAAAGGCCUGUGAUAACUUUUGAAUAAACCUUAUAACACAGGGACGCAUUGAUGAUGUUGACAAGGCUGCGUUGUGGUUGCUUAGUAUCCUACUCUGCUUUGUAUUUAAAAGUCUGCUGUUCAGAAUAUCUGAGAAUGCUGACGAUUGUCACUCAGUGCUAAGGCUAAUGAAACUCUACUUUAGUGAAUGGCCCUUUUUGGAAGAACUAAUUUGUAUUCUAUGUAGGUUUCCCUAGUGCCCGUGUUCUCAGGCUUACUCUCUUACUUAGAGAGAGGCCGGAUCCUCAUUGUGAGUCAUUUAGAUUAUUAUAAUUAAAUAGAAAGUGAGUCAUUUUCUCUCUCUUGAUAAUUUCCAUCAGCAUUAUCUGGAGAUUCACUUUGCGUUGUUACUUCAAUUUGUCAUCCUAUCUUCCUCUUUCUUUUGUUAAUAUAGGCGAUUAUCAGCAUAACUUAGAAACAAAUGUCACCAGUUUCGAGGACUGCCUUGUAGAUACAUUUAUGCACAGUUAAUUUUUAGACAGGAUCAUUUAUGUAAAAUGAGUAGCCAUUUAAAUACGCCAUAUUUUGAUAUUUAAAAUUUCUCAAUGGAGAAAAGAUCUCCCAGUCCAAAUUUCACUCUGGUGUCCAAAUCUGGAUCAAAAACAGCAAAAACUUCCCGGGAUAUGGUUCUAGUGCUGUCAAAAUGUGUCUGGAAAACAAAAUAUGUGCACCUGUCACACUAUCGUAAUUCCAGAUACCUGGAUUAGUCAUCGUUCCUUUUGUAGUAGUACAACUACCCCAUGAAUUGCUGCCCUGAGCACAUCAUUCAAAGAACCUCUGUAAAGAGUCAUAGGGACAUGAAAUAUUGAUAAACAAGGCAUUAUGCUCUAUAUAUUCUCUUGCCUUUGUCCAAUUUCUCAUUUUUGGCCUUCGUAUUGGUAUAGGAUGAUGUAUUUUCUGUUUGUCAUAUUAUUGAGUACCGCUCUUUGUAAGAUUCAUUUGGUUUUUUAUUUAUAAAUUUCAUGAGGAAAAAAAGGUAAACAUCAAUUUUUUUUCUUGGAUUUCCAAUGAUGUCAUCGUGCUUUCUCUUGUCCGGGAGAGCUUACUGAACUUAAUGUUAAAAUGCAUGUUUCUAGUGGAGUUUUGGUCUUCUAAAUUGAAGUGCUCCUUUGGUGCUGGGCAGGAUAAUGAGGAUGGUGGAGAGGCAGUAAUAGUUGGCACUGGACAUGUUGCAGUAAAUGCAAUCCGGCUCUUGAUUGCAGGUUCUCAAGCUGGUUGUUUGAUUGGGGUGUCUGGUCAAACAAUUGAACAGAUACGGAAUUCUUCAGGUGCUGCAGUCACAAUUCUGGCUCCGAACCAAUUGCCUUUAUGUGCAUCUGCCCACGAAUCUGACCGUGUUGUUCAGGUUUAGUUAUGAGAGCCCUUUUAUGGAGAGUGCAUAAUUUAUUUUCCUUAUUUUCAUUCCUUCCAUUUUGGCAGGUUUUAUUUAUACUGGAUACCCAGGCCAUAUGACUUGCCUUUCUAGUAGAUGUAUUGAAAGCUGCACUCAAACUAUAACUGGAUUGUGACUCAUUGGUUUAGUUGUGAUGAAACUAUUGCACUCUGAGUAUUUGUUUUCAAGGACUAAAGUAAAAAGAGAAUAGAAUUACGAGAAUUUGUCCUGUUGAGAGACAUGAGUAAGUAAAAUUUUGUAGAUCUAUAUUUUGAUUUUAUUUGGAUUUUCUUACUGCUUGUGUUUUUUAAUCAAUUGAAAGAGGUGUACGUUGUAUUCAAAAUUUAACGAUUAUCUACUUUUAGUAAUGCCUUGAAAAAAAGUUUAUUUUGUACCAAGUGGAUCAGCAGUGAAAUGGAUUUUACAGGUAGCUUCUGUUGAAGUUCAUAAAACACAUUCAAUAACCCACUGGUUUUCUUUUCGUUAAUGAUGUCUCUAUAAAUUUGUACAUGAGGUGGUAUGAUGGGGAUACCUUGAAGUUGUCUGAUUUAUCAGCAUUACGACCAGGUUUAUUACCUAAAUUCCGACUGUGACUCAACUGGGGUUCAGCCCCUGUGUGUCGAAGUUGUGACAACGAGUGUUGUUCUAGCAGAGACCCCAAAACGUAGUCAGUCGUAUGGGGAUAGGGAACUAUUUUUCUGCAUAUCGUGUUAAAGCUCCUAUUUGUCUGCGUUGAGUGUAAUCAGUCGCUAGCAGUGGUACUGGAGGGAUUGAAUCCAGUAGCUUCUUUCAAUUGGAGUGUGAAUUAUAGUCUCAGAGUGACAACAUCAUGCCUUUGUGAAAAAUUGUUUGGCAAGUGGAAAGCUGCGCUCUUGAUAGCUCUGGGAGAAUGAUUGGAUCUUGAUAGGCAAGUAUCAUGUAACGUAUAUUUGGUGUUGAACUUCUAAGUACGGGCCAACCAUUGAAGAUGUCAGGGGGAAAGUCAUUAAUUUACGUCAUCAAGUAGAGUUCCAUUAUUUUCCCUUGUAAAUGGGUUCCUAGAAACAAUUUGAUUUGGUUAAGAUUAUACGCUGUCAUGUGGGAUUCUAUCAAUACGUUGUGGUGAGUCUUCUAGCAGAUGUCAUUUGGCCAUUUGCGAUGUGGGUUAAUGCCUGGUCCAUCAGGGUUGUUUAUGCCCUAAAAAAUGAAGUAUAGGCUAUCCACGUCUUGAUGAGAUAACUAGAUUAUCAAUGGUUUCCACACAGGUACAUGCUUUCAUAACCUGAUUGUUACUGUGACACCCCUCGCUAAAGCACAGUACGCUAGGCUAACCACCAACUGAUAGUUAAAUUUUGGUUCCACCUGUUCCAGCUCCCUUUAUAGCAUGUAAGAGAUUUAUCUUAUAAAUAUAUAUAUGCUUGGAAACAUUUUUACUUAGUUGAUGAUCAAGGAUGUAUCUUAUGAAAAUCUCUCACAUGCACGACCUCCUCGUUGACCUGGGAAUGCUUGAGGAAUAUUUGGAGUUAUAAUUUACUUUACUUCGAUUGUAAACAUACAAAGAAUUCCAUUGCUUUCUUAAGAAAUCCAUGGAUUUCUGAUCACGCCUAUAUAUGUUCAUUGUAACCAGGGUGGGAGGUAUUAAUAUAUUUUUCUGGGCUGUCCUUCAAUCAUUUACAUAGGUUGUAAUGGGCAGGGACCUUAAUCACUGCCAGAACCUUGAAGAAAAGGGAACUAAGUUUCACCGGAGGUUCUAAUAUUAAAUGUGCGUAAAUGUGCCAAUAUAUGGUGUAUAGGUUCUUCCUUUUUUGCCAACUGAGUUACUGUUUAUUUUUAGACGAGGAAAUGUCGAUGUCAAAUUAUGUUUAUAUGGAAGUUUAGUCAAAAGAAACUCACGUCUUAUUCUUUUUUGUACCUUAAUAUUUGGCAGCUAUCAGGUGAUGUCCCAGAAAUACUGACGGCAUUGGAGAAAAUUGGCUGUGUACUGAGGUAUUGUUAGUCGCUUGAUGAACCGAAUCGAAAUUCGUUAAUGUUCUCUCCUGAAUAACACUAAUGGUAAAUGUAGAGAUAACCCAUCCACAAAGGUCAUUUCGAUCAGAUCAGGCUACCACUCUAGCGUGUCUGUAUCAAAUCCACCGAACACACAAGUGCCUCCUGGUCAGUCAAGUCAAUCCCCGCGUGCUCCGUAUAAAAUUCCGCCAGUAUGAUAAAUUUUUUAUGUCUCGUUGAUACCAUGGCAUCUGUUCCUGUAUUUAAUUCUGCCCCAAAACUUCAGGCGAAUACAUGACUUCCGAGAUGACUAUUAUGGAAAAGUUUGUCGGUGGCUUGAUUGGGAGAAACGGAUACAACAUUUCUAGAAUCCGAAAUGUAUCUGGAGCAACCGUGAAGGUAAGCGUUGGGAAGAUUCGAGGCCUGGUAGCCAUUUUCUCCUUCCCACUGAAGGUGACCUCGAUGCUUUGUCGAGAUUUUUGGAGAUCCAUACUCGUAAUCUGACUUGAACUCGUGGAGCAGACUAGUGGGCUUCUGCCCUGCCCUUCCCUCCCCUUGUGUAUUUCCGCUGGUUAUCCGGGGCUUGCCGAUGAGACUGAUGCGUCGUCUCAUACUUGGAAAUGGAAAUGUUGAUCCCUGUUUUUGCCCGAUGCUUUGUGAAGGUGACGGGCCAGAAGGGCGAGAACACACGACAGAUCUUCUUUGGGGGCAACGCACAGCAGGUGCGAGUCGAGCAGAAUCUUCCGUCCAAGCUCUAGGAUUUCCUCUGAAUGGCUGAUCUCUCUGAAUGGUGCAGGUGGCGGUGGCCAGAAUGCUGGUGGAGAACUACAUGUAUUCCCAGCUCGUGCCACAGAAUGUCAUGUAA